AUGGCCACACUUCUACACAAUGGCCCCGAAUCAACCAUAGUUCCUCCAGCCUCCUCUCAUCAGAUUGUCGAAGACGAUAUAGCAAUCGCUGGCACUGAUCAAGACUCCUCAGCUUUAUCUUCCUCAGUCCCUUCUUCUUCAUCUUCAUCGUCUGCCUCUUCACCCCCAGCUUCACCUAUAUCGGCCAAUGGUGAAUCUACACUUACCACUCCCUUACAGUCUUUACCUACUACAGAUAGUUCUACAGCUCUGCCACUCCCCAAAAAGCCCACCGAGGAUGUUUUUGCGGAGCCUUUUGCUCCAAACUUAAUAUCAAAAAGAUCUACUGUCAUAGUUGAUUCCCAAACCCUUAAUGAUAAUAAUAAUCAUAAUACUAAUUCUAAUAAUAUUAAUACCCCGGUUCAAAAACCGACUACUCCACAAGCACCAUCUCUUAGAAAUAUUCGUGGACCCGCGUCUCGAGGCGGUAUCAGCGAGUACAUUCAUAAACGCCAGUUGAAGGCCUCUCUGUUUCUUAUUGCCUUCGUUAUUAUUUCUCAUUUGUUUGUGCCACCACUUAGAUCAUUCACAUCCAAAUGUCUUUUAAUCUCAUAUGUCACUACUUCUUCUGAUGGCUCGGUCUAUACCAGCAUUGGCCCCGACGAUGUAUAUUUUGUCACUUUCUGGAUCGUGGUUUUAACUUUCCUACGUGCUCUUUUUGUCGAUAACUGGCUGAUACUCAUGGCUCGACAAGUUUUUGGUAUCAAGUCUUUCAAGAUUACAGCCCGCUUUGCUGAACAGUCUUAUGCUCUAAUUACUUAUGGCUCCUUUUUUGCGUGGGGGGCAGUCCUUCUUUCCCACUCUCCAUAUCUCACUUCGGUUCAGGAACUAUGGCGCGGAUGGCCACACAACAAAAUCUCGAUCCAAAUGAAGGCCUUUUAUCUAGUUCAGUUGGCUUCAUGGCUUCAACAAAUUUACGUUAUUAAUAUCGAGGAGCGCCGCAAGGAUCAUUACCAAAUGUUUACUCACCAUAUUGUCACCUGUGCCCUCAUUAUCGGCUCUUAUUACUACUAUUUCACACGCGUUGGUCACGUCAUUCUCGUUCUUAUGGAUGCAGUCGACAUUGCCCUCGCACUGGCCAAAGUGUUGCGAUAUACUGGGUUUCAACGCGCUUGUGACGCGACUUUUGUCGUUUUUCUUUUUUCGUGGAUUGUUCUUCGUCAUGGUCUUUACAAUUAUAUUUUGUACUCAGCAUAUACUGAUGUUCCCAGACUUUUGCCCCCCAAGUGCUACUACGAUGAAGCUACGGGUGAGCUUAUUCGCUGCUUCACAAAGUCUGCGUAUUACACGUUUGUGGGCCUACUUGCGAUACUCCAGGGUAUCACCAUCAUAUGGCUCUAUAUGAUUAUUCGUGUGUUGAUUCGCAUGUUACUUGGAGAUUCAGCUGUUGACUCUCGCAGUGAUGAAGAUACAGAUACAGAACAUGAGAAGGAAAAAAAGGAAAAGUAA